ACAUUACCCACUUUUUUGCCACCUGAUUUGUCUUUAUUAAUAUCUCUCUGUCUGAGUACUGUUUUUCUUAUUUGACAUUGAUCUUUCACCACCACCACCACACCUUCUUCACUUUACUCACCAACAAAUACUUUGCUUUGUUUCUUGCAUUCACACUUGAAGAAGAGAAUAAUGGGGAAAUUCUGGACUUUCGUCACUCAGGUUCAUUCAGUUUCUGGGCCGGUGGUAACAUUGCUGUACCCCUUAUAUGCAUCAGUGGUGGCCAUAGAGAGCACAGAAAAACUGGAUGAUGAGCAGUGGCUUGCUUAUUGGAUCAUAUACUCAUUCCUCACUCUCAUGGAGAUAGUUCUCCAACCCGCUUUAGAGUGGUUACCAAUAUGGUAUGAUGUGAAGCUUAUGUUCGUGGCAUGGCUGGUUCUACCACAGUUCAAAGGCGCAGCUUUCUUAUAUGAGAGAUAUGUGAGGGAACAAAUAAGGAAAUAUAGAGGGGUGAGAGAUCAACCACACCACACGUCCCCUACUGUCAACAAGGGCAAGCACAAGUUUAUGGAUUUCAUCACCCCCAAGAAAGGAGAGCAUGAGGCAUAUUGAAGAAGAAAAGACAAGCAUGAGACAUUAUAGUCUUAUAGAUAUGAAUUGUCUUCCUGCUGCUUUCUGUGGAUCUUCUUCUUCAACCUUUCACUUUUAUAUAUACUUUUCCUCUUUUGCCGUUUUGAGUAUAUUUUACUCUUUGUACAAGUUUGUAACGUUGUAACAUUCAAGGCUUCUAUGACUUUCUUAUAUGUUUAUUAUGAAAUCGAAAGCAGACUUACUUAAGCCA